ACCGACGUGAGCUGGUUCUCUGUCUGUCACCUAAAUCCGUGCAGCGCACUCGCCUUUUCUCGCUUUUCUCGACUAACUAUCUUGACUACCUUCACGACCCCCUCAUUCUUUCCUCACUAUGCAACCCAAAUUCCUUGCUCUUGUGCCCCUUGUGUCCCUCAUGGCCUCUUUCGUCGCUGCGUAUCCGUCCAUUGACGCCGCCGCAUUGAUGGAACGUGGUUACGAUGGGGGAGAAGGCCUGAUCUUCGCGCGCGAGUACGACUUUGCUGACGCCCUCGAAAUGCGGGACUUUGACGAUGACCUCGAAAUGCGAGCCUUUGAAGAUGAGCUCGAAACGCGUGACUUUGACGACGAGCUUGAAAUGCGCGGCUUUGAUGACGACUUCCUCGAGAUGCGAGAGUUUGACGAACUCGAUGCGCGUGACUUGGAGGACCUCUUCGAGCGUGGUGGUCUGUUCAGCAAGACGUCCCCCGAAGAGAAGAAGCAGAAAGAGGAAGACAAGAGGAAGAAAGAGGAGAAAAAAGCCAGCAAGGACACCCAGAAAGCGAUUGACAAAGCCAAUAAGAAAUCGUCGCUCAACAUCCAAUGUAUGCAGUGUGGAAGCUGGGAAGGGAAGAUUACGGCUAGGAUCCAGAAGGAGUGGAAGAACGACGCCAAUAUCCACAAGUUUGAGAAUUGUCAAGCGACGACGAAGGAUUAUAAUGGAGGUCAGAUGGUUACAGCUCGUUACUACAACGGAAAUAGCGUCCUCAGUGGAGGCGCUGUCACGUAUAUGAUUUACAAAUGAUUUGCUUGAGUAUGUACUUGCGAAUGACUUGACCUCUUCCAUUCCUCCCC